AUGCCUUUAACAGUGGCGGAUAUUGUCUUCAAUGAGCAAGCAAAUCACAAUUUCUCAAAGACCCUUGGUGAAAUCAAACGAAGUACUUUAUCCAUACAUAAUCGACUUCGAUCAAUUCUCGAAGACGCAGAAUUCGCCCAGUCGGUCGCAAAUGCAUAUAAUAGACCACUUAUAGCAAAUGAGAGAUGUGGAAGCUGGUAUAUUGAUCCCACCAAGAAAGGAGGAAGUGCAUACUUCAAAAGUACCGAUGGUCAUACCGGAGUCUGGAAAUUCAGCUCCCGAAGAUUGAAUUUACAUCUUUUGGAGAUAAUUGGGAAAUAUGAUGGAUGUAUCAUUGUAGAUUCUACUAGACGUGGAAAACGUAUGCCUGAUGCAUUGAGCAAAACAAUCCCAAUAUGGUGUUGUGUACUAAACCGGGUUUUCUUCCCCGAUCUUCCAACCGCUCAUACGCUCUACUCUCCCCCACAAGUAGUUUCCGAUUCCGAGCAAGCCCAAAUGGCCAAUCUGAUUCCUCAAUUCGUGCAAGCAUUUCAAACUCUCAAUCUUCCUAUUGAAUCUUUCCACGAGAAGAUUCACAAACCCAUCAGACCCAUUUGGGUAACUCCCGAAUCUCAAAUUUCGGAAACAAGCGAGAUCUUUGAGGAUUUUCAUCCAGUUAUUUGCUGUACCGUUUCGCGCAGGGUUUCAGGCGGGGAAAUUAGUGAGGGCGGUUAUAUCCAAGGCGCAGGCGACGAUACGGAAAAUUGGGCUCAUGGACUUACUCCUCAUAUUUUCUGGACAAAUCAAGAAGUCCUAUUCGAGACAUCGGAAGAAGAUUUACCUGGAGUUAUUGAAGCUUUGAUACAUCAAACAAGUUCAUCACUCGGGUCUAAUCAUAAACUCCGCAUCGUAAAACCCACUUCCUGUCUCUCCAUCUCGACUGUCGAUGCGCUUCCACUUCUCAACAAUAAUACCAAUACCUGCACCAUCGUCCUCCUACCAAAACCCACCCCCGAAGAAACGUGGCCCACCUCUCCCUCCCGUCUCGAUAUCGGACUCGGCUCCAAAAAAAUAGGAAGCAAGAAUCUCCGCGUCGCUCUCCCAAUUAUCUCUUCUUUCUUCCUCAAGUAUCUUGAUACAUAUUCUGCAAACAAACUCUCCGACCCUUCAAUACAAUUACAAAUCAUCAUCGCGUGCGAAUCGGGACAGGAUCUCUCAAUAGGUGUUGCGCUUUCUCUGCUGUGUCUUUAUUUCGAUGAUAAGGGGGAUGUGAAAGUUGGGAGAGGAGAGGUAAAGGAAGAAGAGAGGUUGGUGAAUAAAGAUUUUAUCCGUAGGAGACUAACGUGGAUUUCUACUUCGAUGCCGGAUGCGAAUCCGAGUCGGGCGACGUUGCAGAGUGUGAAUAGUUUUUUGAUGUCGGGGUGA